UAGUGGGGACUGGUGGGCAGUUUCAACCAGUGCAUACAAAGAUACAAAUACGAGUCAUGCCGGUAACGGCGGUAACGCCCUGAAUGAGUAUUUUAAUAAUCUGUGAGAUAAAUAUUUGGUGGGAUGCAAAAUAAACCACGCGUAACGUCAUAAAAUAAAGAAUACGAAGUCAAUUAUAAUAGCAUUCGAUUAGAACGUUAGUAUUAAAAAAUGGAUAGUAAGGGCAGGAAGAUAAUCGUGUGUGAUAACGGAACAGGGAACUUUUACAGUUUGUAAAAUGUGGAUAUGCAGGAGCUAAUUUUCCAGCACACAUAUUUCCAUCUAUAGUAGGACGCCCUAUUAUCAGAGCUGUCAAUAAGAUAGGAGACAUUGACGUAAAGGAUGUGCUUAACAUGCCUGAUUUAAUGGUUGGGGAUGAAGCAAGUAAACUUCGUUCUAUGUUGGAGAUUAGUUAUCCAAUGCAAAAUGGUAUUGUUAGGAAUUGGGAUGAUAUGUGCCAUGUGUGGGACUAUACGUUUGGCCCAGAAAAGAUGAAUAUUAAUCCUAGAGAAUGUAAAAUUUUGUUAACAGAACCACCUAUGAACCCUAUUACAAAUCGAGAGAAAAUGAUUGAGGUGAUGUUUGAAAAAUAUGGAUUCGCUGGAACGUACAUUGCCAUCCAAGCAGUACUUACAUUAUAUGCUCAAGGAUUAAUUAGUGGUGUCGUAGUAGACUCUGGUGAUGGUGUCACUCAUAUAUGUCCGGUGUUCGAAGAAUAUGCUUUGCCGCAUCUUACUCGACGGCUAGACAUAGCUGGCCGUGAUAUUACGAUGUAUUUAAUAAAACUUCUUUUAUUGCGUGGUUAUGCAUUUAAUCAUUCUGCUGAUUUUGAAACGGUUAGAAUGUUAAAAGAAAAAUUAUGUUACAUCGGGUACAAUAUUGAGACUGAAGAUAAAUUAGCCCUUGAGACAACAGUCCUAGUUGAAUCCUAUACACUACCUGAUGGAAGAGUGAUAAAAGUAGGAGGAGAGAGGUUUGCAGCACCAGAAGCUUUAUUCCAGCCGCAUUUGAUAAAUGUUGAGGCUCAAGGAAUUGCUGAAUUAGUAUUUAGCACUAUUCAAGCGGCUGACAUCGACAUAAGAAGUGAAUUAUAUAAACAUAUUGUAUUAAGUGGUGGUAGUACAAUGUAUCCAGGACUUCCAUCUAGGCUUGAAAGAGAAAUUAAACAACUUUACCUCCAAAGAGUAUUAAAGAACGAUACGUCGAAGUUAAAUAAAUUCAAACUGAAAAUCGAGGAUUCCCCGAGGCGAAAAGACAUGGUGUUCAUGGGUGGUGCUGUAUUAGCUGAAAUUACAAAAGAUCGUGAAUCGGUAUGGAUAAUGAGAGAAGAAUAUGAAGAGAAAGGUCUUAGUGUAUUAAAGAAAUUAGGUGCUUAUGAAGCGUAAGGGAAACUACUAUUUUCAAAUGAAUAA